AGAAAUAGUGAAGGAGUCACCUGGAACUUUCAGAAUCAUGCUGGGCAAUGGAGGACUUGGUGCCUCUCAAUCAUCAUCAUGCUCGGGUACAUCUGAUGCCACCAUCAUCCUGAAUUUAAUGAUGGGUGACCCUGUUGAAGAAAUAGCCGCUGACGAAGGAAGCCAGCCUAAAAGGCCAUGCCACAUAAACUACGAGGCAAAUAUGUUGAUUGAAAAAAUCCUAACAUCAAAACCUGGUGGUGAACGCAUUAUGCAAGAGUAUGGAAAAACCAAAUCUCUGACAGAUGCCACCAGAAGACAGAUGAUUAACAUACUUGCUGCUGAGAUGACAGAAACACAUGGUGGAGAGUGGUUCAGGAUACCUUGCAUGGUGAUUGAAGACCAUACAGAGAAAAUCAGCAGAGGAAAGAGGUGCCUCAUUGGUGGGCCAGGCCGUGGUCGUCAGCCCUUCGCCAAUGACAGAGAGCUGUCUGAUGAGGAUGUGGAAGCAGCUAUUGCUGUUUUAAAACACUCUUCUGAUGAAAAGACUGUCCGUGAGAAGAUGAAAAUGACCUUCAUAUAUCGGCAAGCAAUGGUCAACGAUGAAGCCAAAUCAUCAGAUGUCUUCUUGGUCUUCCCACCAUUUCUGGACACCCCAGGACUGAUAGAACAAGAUUUCAGACUUCUGUUUGGUGAGGCCACGGCCAACAAAUUUUUGGAGAAGUGGCCAACCACUUUCAAAGCAAAAGUAAUAAAGGAAAGCCAUGGACUUGUACCCACCACAGAACUCUUGGAUUUGAUGCGCAAUGCUGACUUAGCUGCUGAAGUUGAGAAUGGCUGGGACAGUGACAUGUCUGCCAUCUUGCUGCUGCUACAUUUGCUACCACCAUCUGCACAAGGUAGAAAGAGGCCGGGAAAGCUGUCUGCAUAUCAAGCUGUAGAUCAGCUCAUCAGAUUUCAAAAGUUUGAGGUGAUCUGA